GGUGAGAAAGCGAUAAAACAUUCUCAGCGUCAGAAGCUUACACUGCUCUAUACGACAAAAACACCCUUACUUGCCCAAUACCUCUCUCACCUGCUUCCUCUAUGACUGACCCUUACUGUAUGUAACUGUAAAAAACUUCACUCUUCCAAUAAUUUUGCGUCCUUCAACAAAACGCCGUCAUUUUGAAUGUUGCUCUCUCCUUCUUCCUCCCCGGCUCCGGCUAAUUCCCCGCCUGCCACGUCUUCACCUCCGUCAGAUUCCUUACCUGACACGUCAUCACCUCCAGCUCCUCCUUUGUCUCCUAUUUCCCCGCCAUUGAGCUCUCCUCCUCCGUUGCCUCCCCCACCGCCCCUCUUAGCUCCCACCGCUUCCCCACCGCCUCUUCCGAUUGAAUCUCCUCCGUUAGAAUCUCCACCGUCUCCGCCGUUAGCAUCUCCACCGUCUCCUUCAUUAGUAUCUCCACCGACUCCUCCAUUAGAAUCUUCAUCACCACCGUCUCCUCAGGCCUCAGCUCCUUCCGGUUCACCGCCAUUGCCCUUCCUUCCCGCCAAAACGUCUCCGCCGCCUUCUCCCCUUCCCUUUGAGACAUCACCGCCGGGGAAAACCAUUUUCCCGCCGCCUCCUUCACUUCCCUCCGAUCCAACCACGCCGGAGAAUACGGCUUCUCCUCCACCGCCGUCUACUCCUCGCCGCCGUGCCCGUAAGCCUUCGCUUCCUCCUCCCACCAAUUCCUCCCCACCAAAACCUUCUCUGAGCACUCCGACUCUCCCGGAAACUUCUCCUCCACCUAAACCACCGCUCUCGACGACGCCAUUCCCCUCUUCAUCCACUCCGCCGCCGAAGAAGUCACCGGCAACAGCAACUCUUCCUUUCUUUGGGCCUACUGGCCCACUAACGGGGACAGCAGCACCACCUAUUGGGCCCGUUAUAGAGCCCAAGACAAGUCCCGGCGAAUCGAUAUCUCCCGGAACGCCACAGCCACUUGUACCGAAGAGUCUGCCUGAGACGACGUCGUAUCACCGCUCUUCCGCCGGAUUCUUAUUUGGCGCUGUAAUCGUUGGAGCUCUCCUACUUGUUCUGUUAGGCCUUCUCUUUGUCUUUUACCGAGCUACCAGAAAUAGAAAUAACGACAGCUCUGCUCCUCAUCAAUCCAAAACUCCAUCAAAAGUUCAACAUCAUCGAGGCGGUAAUGUCGGGUCAAACCAGACGCAUGUUAUCACAAUGCCACCUCCAAUCAAUGCUGCACCACCUAAAUAUUCAUCUAGUGGAGGUCAUGGUACUAAGGAGAACAAUGCUGUUUCUACAAUGCCAUCUGGAAUGUUCACCUACGAAGAACUUUUAGAGGCAACCGGUGGAUUUUCAGAGGCGAAUCUUUUGGGAGAAGGCGGUUUUGGUUAUGUUCACAAAGGAAUAUUGAAAAACGGGAUAGAAGUUGCGGUGAAGCAGCUGAAGAUUGGAAGCUAUCAAGGGGAAAGAGAGUUCCAAGCUGAGGUUGACACAAUCAGUAGGGUUCAUCAUAAGCAUCUCGUUUCGUUGGUUGGUUAUUGCGUUAACGGAGAUAAAAGACUCUUGGUUUACGAGUUUGUUCCUAAAGAUACGUUGGAGUUCCACUUACAUGGAAACAGAGGAAGUGUGUUGGAGUGGGAACUGAGGCUCAGGAUUGCUGUAGGAGCAGCAAAAGGAUUAGCGUAUCUUCAUGAGGAUUGCAGUCCAACUAUAAUUCACCGUGAUAUCAAAGCAGCUAAUAUCCUUCUAGAUUCCAAAUAUGAGGCAAAGGUCUCUGACUUUGGACUAGCCAAGUUCUUUUCAGACACUAAUUCAUCAUUCACUCAUAUCUCUACUCGAGUGGUAGGAACUUUCGGAUACAUGGCUCCAGAAUACGCGUCUAGUGGGAAAGUAACUGAUAAGUCAGAUGUAUAUUCAUUUGGGGUCGUGCUUCUAGAACUCAUCACUGGACGUCCAUCAAUUUUUGCCAAAGAUCCUACCACAAACCAGAGUUUAGUUGAUUGGGCGAGGCCGUUGCUUGCGAAAGUGAUUUCUGGAGAAAAUUUUGACCUUGUUGUAGACCAGAGGUUGGAGAAGAAUUAUGACACAACUCAGAUGGCAAACAUGGCUGCUUGUGCUGCUGCUUGCAUACGCCAAUCAGCUUGGCUUCGGCCCCGAAUGAGCCAGGUAGUACGUGCUCUUGAAGGCGAGGUGGCCCUAAGAAAGGUCGACGAGACUGGGAAUGGCAGGACGUAUAGCUCUUCUGAAAACCCGAAUGACAUCACACCACGGUACGUAACAAGUAAGAGGAGAUUCGACACAGGUUCAAGCGAUGGUUACACUUCAGAAUAUGGAAUCAACCCAUCUCAGUCGAGCAGUGAACAACAACAUGUGAGUAUUUAGUUUUAAGGUUCCACCACAAUUAUAUUAUUGACUUUUAGAAUACGGUCAUCUGGGGUUUAACAAAAAGAAUGUGGUAAGAAAUUAGCCUACUUCAUUCAUUUGUAGCUAAGGGUUCUGAAGAACACUGCUUGUGUUCAUUUGGGGAUCGUUUAUGUACAAAUUUGUUGUAAUAUUGGGGCACAACCGCACAAGUUUAAUUAUUUUGAAAUUA